AUGGCCUCCCUCCUCGCCGGCGCAACGAAAACUGCACACAGCCUCGCGACCUCCCUCCUCAGCGCCGCCGAGGCCAAGGCCGGCUCCACGCUCCCCGUGAGCGUCCCCGUGAAGGAGGACGACGCGCAGAAGCCGUUCACGUUCGCGGGCAUCGCAGGCAAGAACGUGUUCGUUGGGGUGCCGGGCGCGUUCACGGGCGCGUGCUCCGCGCAGGUGCCCGGGUACAUCAAGGCGUUUGAGACGUUCAGGGCGAAGGGCGUGGAUGGUGUGUAUGUUGUUGGGGUCAAUGAUGUGUUUGUUAUGAAGGCGUGGAAGGAGCAAUUGGCUCCCCAAGGCACCCCGAUCCACUUCAUCGCGGACGACCAGGGCGCGUUCGUCGGCGCGCUCGGCAUGCUCUUCGACGCGUCCCCCCUGCUCGGCUCGCCGCGCUCCAAGCGGUUCGUGGCGGUUACGGAGGGCGAGACGAUCAGCUUCCUGACUGUCGAGCCGAACCCGGGCGAGGUCACGGUGACCGCUGUGGACAAGAUCGUGCCGUGGUUGUGA